CCUGAGCAGAGGCUGCUGACGGGGGCCACUGAGUGAAGUGUGGAGAACCUCUGGCUUCCAGAUGUUAGGCCUUCUGGGGAACACAACCCUUGUGUGUUGGAUCACAGGCACUGUGCUGGCUUUUUUGAUGUUGCUGCUGAUGCUGGCCCUCUGUCUUUUCCACAGGUCACAGGAACAUGACGUGGAGAGAAACCGAAUCCGACAAGCCCGGCCUAGACUCUUCUACGGCCGGCGUCUGCGUCUCCCGAGAGUCGUUCACCAUCACCAUCACCGUGGCCCACAUGGGGUGACCAGUGUAGGCGUUCACCAGCACCAUCAUUCUCCCCAUCGUCUCCACCAGCACCGUCACCACCACCACCACAGUCAUGGAGCCCGCCGCUGAGGCCAAUAGAUAGCACCUACUGACUUUGCCCUCCACCCAGCAGCAAAAUGAGUGGAUCCUGAUGCUUCCAUAGCAAAGGGUGUAUCUCUGGGAUGGAUGAGGAUACUGGGAUCCUGGUCCUGCCUGGGUUUCAUUUGCAUACGAGCCCUUCUUCCUGUGCAUGACAAAGACCUGAGAACCCCCUGAUUGGCCCUCUGCACAAUGGAGGGCUUGAGCUUGGAGCAGGGCUGGUUGAACUUCCUACCUUGUGACUGCCACUCCUGGUGACCCUGGAAGCCCGGGUGGAUAUGGAGUGCUCUGGUUGGGGGGUCUCUGUGACGUGCUUCCAGGGGCAGAAUGUGGUCUGGGCAUUCACAGCUGCGUGGCUGUAAGAAAUAAAAGCCACUAGAAAGCUU